CAGUGCCAACGGAUAGCCAGCCACAAGUCCCAGCUCACCCGAACAUCAUCCACUGGCUGUAGCUGGUGUAUCGCCUUCAUCUCUAUGCUCUAGAAGAUUAGAAUUGGAGGGCUUCUACGCAGCACCAAGCAGGAAUUCAAGAAGAAUGCCUGGCAGUAUCCAAAUAUCAGCCACUCAACCACCGGCCAUCACCCCGCUGUUCUUGCAAGUUGCUGUGGGCAAAAGAGAAUAUAGUGGAAACAUAGAACAAGAUGGUUUAUCUAUCCCUGUUACAUCGCUUCGGGAGAGUAUGGUAAUAAUGCUGUACAAUGCGGACAGAGAAUUGAUAUCAAAAUCAGAGCUGAAGACAAAAACGAUCGUGGAGUCAGGAACUAUGAAUGCAGUAUUUACUCUUGCUAGUGGAGGAGAAAUAAUUCUUCAGGUGCAGUUCUUACUCAACGAUGAUGACCGCAAGCGGAUCCAAGAAAUGAGAAACUCUGCAAUGAAAAGGAAACAGCAGGAACUACUUGGGGAUGGUUAUGAACUCAAUUUUCCAGACAGCCCCUUGUCUAAACAGCUCAUAGAGAAGAUCCCCAACAUUCGAAGUAAAGGAGAUGAACGACCUAAGCUUCGGAAAAGUGUGUCACUGGAUGAUUUGCAAGAGAGGAAAGUGUUCUCUGGAAUAAGUGUGGAUCCGCGGAUGAAGGCCUCAAGAGACUUGUUGCUGCAAAGGGGUGUUAGAAAUACUUGGUUUGAAGAUCCCAGUGGCUCCCAGAAAGGAAACGGUAAAGUAGAGAGCAAAUCAAGUAGUUCAGUGAAGAAGAUGAUAAGUGCCUUCGAAGGCACCUCUCCACAGGGUGUGGCUUCAGAGAUUGAUGCAUCACUGACCGAUUCAGGCAAUAGUAGUACGCAGACAGGCAAAGCAAUCGUCCCUUUUGGAGAUAAUAAAGGUUCAAAUUACAGGCCAGGAACGACGGUUUUGUUGAUUGAUGCAUCACUGACCGAUUCAUGCAAUAGUAGUACGCAGACAGGCAAAGCAAUCAUCCCUUUUGGAGAUAAUAAAGGUUCAAAUUACAGGUCAGGAAAGACGGUUUUGUUCCAGCAUAAAAAAUCCAGUGCACCUGAACAAAUUGGGAUACCAAGCGCAACUGAAAGCAGAAGCGGUAGGUCCAGUAGCAGUGACAGAGCAAGCAAACAGAAGCUGAGAGAAAAUGAGCUGAACCGAACUAAGAGGGGAUCCCAGGCAAAGCAUCGGCGCUCCAUUGGCCCCUCCUAUUCACUGGAGAGGAUGCAUUCAAGAGAUUAUGUUGAGCGCCCGCUGAACUAUUUGGUUGGGACAUCAAACACCUGGAUACACCCACAUGUUUGCGUGACUACUGCGAGCAAACAGCUGAAAGACCUCCUUGAACUUGAACACUGGAAGUCACGUGGGCGCAUGAAACACACAGAUAAAAUCCAAGAGAGCACAGGUGAUGAUGAAUCGAUUGCCUCUGCUCAAUCUCGAAGUGGCGGUUUCCCUAUGCUGAAUUGGUGGCUGAUAAACCAGGGAGUGAGCGCUGCCAUUGUGGUAAUAGCUUGUGGGGCUAUGUUCCUCAACAACAGAUGAAAUAUUGCGUCAAGCUUCAAUGCUAUCAUGGUCCUAUCCUUUCUGUUGCUCUGUUCGCUUUAGCUUAUCAGCCACCGAACAAUAUUUUUCUCUCACAACAAAUCAGCCGUUUCAGCUUUUCAGCUGGUUUCAGGCGUUCAGGCCUUAAGGGCUCAGCUUCCUGGAUGAGUAGAUUUUGGUUAGAGAACAAGUAAUUUGCGAAGUGCUAACAUUUGAGUGCAA